AUGGGUUCCAGAUACCAGCAGGUGACAACUCUUCACAUCAUUAUUUUCCUACAGAUAAUUCACUCGGUCACAGGCCAGUAUGAAAUUAUUGCUCCUGAUCAGCCUGUCAUUGGAGUCAUUGGAAAAGGAGUCAUCCUGCCCUGUCAGCUGAACGUUAAGAUAAUCCCUGAGAGACUUUCUGUUCAGUGGAUAUUUACUGGGACCUCCAAAACAAUUGAUGUGAUCACUUAUGAUGGAAAAAACACAUACAAUCCAGUUAGUGAGGACAAGACAUACCAGGGCAGGACGAAUUUUUUUCAGUCUGAAUUUAAUAAGGGAAAUGUGUCUCUUCACCUGAAAAAUGUCAUGCUCUCAGACAAAGGGAAAUACACCUGCAGUGUCUUUUUUGAGAACUGGUAUGAUGAAGUGGUGGUUGACCUGGAUGUGGCAGCUAAAGGGGAUGAGUCUUCAGUUUUCCUGGAUGGUCAUGUGGGUCAGGGCAUCAGCCUCACCUGCAAGUCACAGGGAUGGUUUCCAGAGCCCAAAGUAGUUUGGCUGGACAGCAAAGGACAGAUGCGGAAGGAGGAAGUGUCCACCAUAAGCACAAAGACUUCUUCAGGCGUUUUUGAUGUUGUAAGUUCCAUAAAUCUUGAACCAGGAUCUGACACAGAAGUCUCCUGCAGAGUAGUCAAUAACCUACUCAAUGCAAUGUGUGAAUCCCGAGUCCUGAUUUCAG